CUUCAACCUACUAGCUCUGUGCUUCUGUAUACUUGCAGACCAUAAACAUGUGGUACUACUUGUUCCUCGCCCUGUUUGUACCGGGCUUCGUGACAUACUUCGUGCAGCACAUCAUCUGCUCUGUGUUCUAUAAGACCCAAAACCUCAAGAAGCGCUACAAUGCAGACUGGGCGCUGGUGACAGGCGCCAGCUCGGGCAUCGGCAAGUCGAUCGCUACUCGGUUGGCGCGACAAGGCCUGAACAUCGUGCUUGUGGCCCUUGGGGACGACCUUCUCGACAAUACCUUUGAGGAGCUUAAGGCUGCUUAUCCUAAAAACCAGUUCCGCAAGGUCGCUGCCGACUUGGGCGGCUCGGACUACCUUGCUCCCAUUGUGGACGCAACUCGCGACAUUAAGGUCCAGAUUGUGUUCAACAAUGCGGGUUACAUGCUGACUGGCUUCUUCCACACGCGGCCUCUUGACGCGCUGAUGAAGAACAUCAACUGCAAUGCGGUCAGCGCCGUACAGAUCACACACCACUUUGUGCGGGAAAUGAUCUCCUCGGGUCUGCGCGGCUGCGUGGUGUUCACGAGCUCUGCGGCUGCCGCCAUGCCCUCGCCCUUCUCGGUGCAGUACGCCGCCACGAAGAGCUUCCUCUCGGUGUUCGGGGCGUCCCUGGCGCCCGAGGUGCGCCCGCACGGCAUCGACGUCCUGGUCUUCCACCCCUCGCCGGUGGCCUCCAGGUUCUACGACAAGGCGCACAAGCUGGACGCACUGGACUUCUUCAAGCGGUUCGCGGUGCACCCGGACGCGCUGCCCGACACGGUGUUUGCCUCAGUGGGGCGCACCGUGUGGCGCGACGUGGGGCCCACCGCGCUGGCGUUCAGGAUGGUGACCAAGAUUGCCGACUACAACUUCCUGGCCACCGUGAUUGCCCUCUUCGGCCGCUACAUGCCCGACUUCAAGCGUGCCCAGGCGGAUGGGGCCGCGCCGUCCGCCGCCGCCGGUGCCAAGAAGGCGCACUAGCACGGCCAGCAGGCGUGAGGCACCACUAUUGAUGUUGAGUUGAGCUGCGUUGGGUUUGGGCCUUGUACAGGUCUCCUGACCUAUUGCUCGCUGUUAUGUUAAUGAUUGCUAAGGAAUCUAGUGAUGGCUCUUGGGCCACGAUUACAUGGCUGUGUAGUGCAGGUGAAUGGUUGCAGGGCGUUUCCGCAUUGCUGGAUUGCCGUGGGGGUUGCUGUGGCUGCGUGGUCAAGGGCAUCUAACCACGCAGCUGUUGAUCUUUUGGCAUGCAGGUCGGAAGCUGGGUAGGCGCGUUGUGUUGCCUUCCCUGAAAAGGUGGUGUUUCUGAGAAGUGAGAACUUUCUGUGACAAUUGUAUGCUUUAUGAAGGGCAUUUGCGGGGCCUGGGCGAGGGUCAGCAAAGUGAAACACAUGUCUGCGGGUGUCUUACAUGGCUAG